AUGUCCGCCGACUUGUUUGCAGAAUUUGGAGCCGGGACUUCUUCCGGCCAAAUCACCGGCAAUCAGGCAACAUCUCGGUCUCAGACAAACCCCCUAAUUCCCAAUCUAGAGUCUUUUUCAGAUACUGCGUUCCCUGAUGCAUCGCACCACGUGAAUCGGCCGGUGUCUCAUGCCGCUCAGGCUCGAACAUUACCAAAGCAACAGACUGCUUUUCACCAGCCGAAUUUUCCUCAAUUGCCACAGUAUGAUAACGGGGGCGAUGUUCUUUUCGAUGCCACUCUAGAAACGGUCUCCAAUGAUGAUAGCGAGGACUGGGGCGAAUUUGAGUCCGCUGAUAAAGCCCCUGCUCCGCCUGUUCCAACAGAGCCAGUCCGAAGACAAGCGGCCGGAGUGAACCCAGCAAUUCACGCUUCUCAACGAACCAAAACCAGGACGACUGCGCCGCCGAAGCAGCUGGACUUACUGGACUCUCUUACCCUUGAGGAUAAUCCACCAGCAGUUUACCAGCAGCCUAGGAGUGCCACAGGCCAAGAUAAGGCUAAACCCCAGACUAAGAAGGUGGUGCCGAUAAAGCCUUCUGCUCCUGCAGAGGAAGAAGAGCCCUUUGAAGAAUGGGGGGACUUCAUCGACGGGCCCUCUACAGAAAGCCCGGCAAAGACCACUCCACGAGUUGAUACCACAAGGCCGACAGGCAACUCAAAUUCCACGAGUACGCAAAAAACCAGUUCUCAAUUCUCCGACGUAUCAAACCAAUCCGUACAUCCAAGCGCAGUCCGCCCAACUAAUAUUCCUCCUCCGUCUGUUCUACUUGAGUUGUUUCCUCAACUUUUUGAGCAAUUGCGACAGGACGCAACCCAUGCAAGGCGAAAUUUACAGCAGAAAAAGAGUGUUGACGUCGUGGCAUCGUCGAUUCUGUGUGUCUUGAAAGCAGUGGCACGUGUAGUUUCGGGUCGGACCUUGCGAUGGAAGAGGGAUUCUAUCUUGAGCCAGAGCAUGAGGAUUGGCCCUGCACGCUCCGGGAAGCCGGGAGGGAUGAAACUCAACACGGUCAACAAGAACGAAGAUAUCAAGGAGAAACAAGAGGCCGUUGACGUGAUCGUGAUGUGGCGAGACCGAGCAGCUCUUUUCAAUUCCAUCAUCCAGGCUUCCGGGAGACGCCCCAUUCAGGCUGUCCCCGAGAACAUUCGAGCCACGACCGCCACUGCAGAACAAGGGGCUCUCAAGGCGUCUCAUGCUUGCGCUCUCUGCGGACUGAAACGAGACGAACGACUCCCUAAAGUCGACGAGGCGGUGGAAGAUAGUUUCGGAGAGUGGUGGACCGACCACUGGGGCCAUACAGACUGCAGGCAGUUUUGGGAGACCCAUAAAGACAUGUUGAAUCAGCGAUGA